CAUCGACGUGCGACGAGCUGCGAGGACCGAUCGAGAGAUGCCAGCACCAUGGAACAGCAUGGAUCCGGUGGCCACGGUUGCCCAGAUCGUUGGCGUGGACGCGUACGGGCUGAUCAAGAUGAUCGUGCAGCGGGCGGAGACGGUCCAGCGCAACAGGUACGAGUGCCGGCAGCUGGCGAACCACGCGGAGACGAUGGGCGACGUCCUGCGCCAGGUGCUGAGGGAGCACCCGGAGAUCGACGGCAUGGUGGGGAAGCUGGAGGCGACGCUCCGGGAGGCCUGCGUGCUCGUCUCCUCCUGCCAGGCGAGCAGCUACUUCCGCCGCUUCGUCCGCAGCGGCAAGCAGGCCCAGCAGUUCCAGCGAAUCAAGGACAAGAUCGACUUCUACCUCCAGCUCUUCCCGGUCAUCAGCCACAUCGACACCACGCGCCGCCUCAAGAUACUCCUCGACGGCGUCGAGUCACCUCAAACUCAGAACAUGCCGCGAUCCCCGUCCAACCAUUCGGGUCCUCUUGCAUCACGGUCUAUUAUCAACAAAGAUGACUCAUAUAAAAGACCUCAUGCCAAAACUGAGAGUUUUGCAAUGGAUAUGGUUGCAGUUGACAUAGUCAAGGAAGUGAGAUCAUCAACAAGAAGAGAUGAUGAUGGCCAUCAAUUGAUAAACACCGACGAUAUUACCGCACGAUGGUUUUCUUUGUUUGGAUUUUCUUCAUUGGCAAAUGCAACAAGUAACUUUUCAGGGGUAUACAAGAUUGGUGAGGGUGGAUUUGGUCGUGUUUAUAAGGGACAACUUCAUGGUCUUCAAGUUGCUAUCAAGAGAUGCUUCGUGGAAUCUAGCCCAGAGCGUUUGUCGGACUUCGAAAAUGAGAUUAAGUUCAUUCCGAAGCUUCAGCACAGGAACAUCGUGAAGCUUCAGGGAUACUGCAUUCAUCGAAAAGAAAGGAUCCUAGUUUAUGAGUACAUGAUAAACAAGAGCCUCGACAAAUUCAUAUUUGGAACGAGAAACAGGGGGUCUCUAAGCUGGGAUAGGCUGUUCGCGAUAAUUGAAGGUAUAGCUCAGGGAGUCGUUUAUCUUCACUUGCACUCAGGGCUAGAUAUUAUCCACAGGGAUCUCAAGCCCAGCAAUAUCUUGUUGGAUUCUCAAAUGAAUCCCAAGAUUUCUGAUUUUGGCACAGCAAGAGCGUGUCCUCCCGACAAGAGUCACAAGGCAGACGUGAUUGCAGGAACACGUGGUUACAUGGCUCCCGAAUAUUCGAAUAAAGGUGUUUUCUCAGGCAAGACGGACGUGUUUAGCUUUGGCAGCCUGCUUCUUGAGAUGCUAACUGGAAAAAGGAAUUGCACGUCAUAUUCGAUCAGGGAAAGGAGUUACUUGAGCCUUCAUGAAUAUGCAUGGGACAUGGUAUUCAUGGAGAAGGCAGUGGAAAAUCUGGUUCACCCUUCGCUAUGUGACGAGAAUCCUCGCCGAAUGAAGCAAAUGACGAGGUGCGCGCACAUAGCUCUGUUAUGCGUCCAGGAGGACCCAGCUGACCGGCCAUCUAUGUGGGAUGUCGUUCUUGUGCUCAACGGAGCAGCAGGCGCAGGUCUGAAGACGCCGAAGAAGCCAGCCCGCCAUUACGGCGGCAAACCAAGAUUUGGGGACCUUCUGAGGGAAACCCGAGACCGGUCCAAAAAGACCACCACUAUUGUCCUGCGAUAGAUGAUCCAGCUAGGGUGUUCUUUUACCAGUACUAAUUUCAUUUUCCUUGCAUUUAAUAUGUUUUCUAGAGAGCUGCUCAGGGACUUCAAAAUUAAUCUGUUUUGUUUGAUACAAUUAUUAGUUUGUACAUAUUUACAUGUGGAAGUUGCGAGGGU